AUGGAUAUUAAAAACGCUAUCCUCCGGCUCACCAUUAUCCUGGCCAACCAGCAGCAGCAGACUGCAGUUGUCCUGCAGAACAACGCAGUUCCCCAGGCUGGGACCGAGAAAAAAAUCGAGUCACUGUCGACAGGAAUUCAAGAAUUCCGGCAAGAUGGACAACAUUUGGACGACGCUGCCAAGGUCAGGCUGCUCCUCCGGAAAGUCGAUACGCAGUUCCACGAACGUUCAACGCACGGUACCAGUUGCUUGCAGUACAGGAAGGACGACGAAGGUGAUUUCACCGCAUACGCAGCUUCCAUCAAUAAAAACUGCGAGGCGUUUCAACUCAACCGGCUUACAGGUGACCAGUUUAAAGCUCUGCGUUUCGUAUGUGGUUUACAGUCGCCACGGGACGCUGACAUACGAACUCGGCUCAUUAGUAAGCUCGAAGCCGAAGAAAGCGCCUCACUUACUGAAGGUUGCGAACUUACCCUGGACAAGCUGGUGGACGAGUGCCACAAGCUCGUCAACCUGAAACAGGACACACAAAUGAUUGAGAAGAAGGACCCCUCAAUCAACGCUGUGUCUCUCCAUCCCAAGCCUCCCGGGAAGAAGACGAAAAAGGUUCCAAAGACGCCUUGCUUACUCUGCGGGGACUUCCAUUACGUCCGUGAGUGCCCCUUCCAGAAUUCCACCUGCGGAAAAUGCGAACUCAGGGGCCACAAGGAAGGUUACUGUGCAUCAGUGGAACUCAGGAAAAAACCAACCGACGAGCAUCAUCCAAAUAUUCGGAAAGGGCGCAAGUUUGCUGAUGUUUAUCUGAACGGUGUCAACGUCAAGCUCCAACUGGACUGUGCUUCUGACGUCACCAUCAUCUCCACGCAAACUUGGAAAACCAUCGGAAAGCCAACAAUUAACCAGACGGACAUCGGACCAGAGACGGGUCCACUUCGAACUUCCCUAUGCUGA